AAAAUCCUCGAGGUCCCUUCCCGCUGCUUGAACACCCUUUUCUCCCCAUCCCUCCAUCUCCCCAAGUCCUUCGCGUCGCAAAGUGGAGGGAACGCGCCUGGAACAAUCGCUGAAUGCCUUCAAAGACCAGAGAAGCGUCCGAGUCGGAGCGUUUGCCUGUCUGGUCGAAGGCGAGGAGGUCAGGGGCCCUCGAGAGCCCAGCUGUCAUGAUGCCCACAAGCACGAGAGCCACGCGGUCGCGAUUCUCCAGCCCGCACCAGCACGCCAACGGAGGAACGGAACCAGCCAAGAAAGCCAAUGGGACGAGCGAGGCCUCGAGGACCUUCAUGCAGAAAUGGUUGGAGCCGACGGUGCAAAGCAAGCCAAGCUUCGAGGAGGCUGGAAUGGUGCGAUACGGCGUCACGGAGAACAUGGCGCCCCUCGGGUCCCUUCCUAAAGCACAGGCGACGAAGAAGCAGGGCCAGGAUGGCGCGGGACCCGUCAGGAAGAUCAUCCUAAAGUCGAGCUCAGCAAGUUCGGCGGCGGCGGCGGCGGCGGCAGGUACGGAAGGUGCGGCAGGUGCGGCAGGUGCGGCGGCGGCAGCAGCAGCAAAGCGCUCAGAAACACCACCCUCGUUCCUUCCAUCGCCUUCACCACCACCUCCUGCCGCGGUUCAGAAAGUUUCGAAAAAAAUUCUGCCUGCUCGUGGCCUGUAUGACGACGAAGAGGACGAGGACUACACGCCCAAAGCAGCCACUGGAAAGGGCCUGGGUCGCCGUGCAUCUGCCUCACAGAAAAGCCUGUCGCGCUCCUCGGUAGGUCAUCGCGCAUCAUCGUCGGUUCGUCAAGUAGUGCCCUCUAGCGACGCCGUGCAGCCUUCAGAACCGACAUCCGAGAACAGGGAGCUUGUCGAAAAGGCCGUCGAGGUCGCCGUCAACGAAGCGCUCCGGCACUAUCGCUAUCCCACUGCGUGGGCACUCCGGACCCUCUACGACGAAAAUUCUUCCGACCCAGACUUCCUGUCCAUGCUGGAGGACGUCUACAACCAAAAAGCCGACGAAGACACUCUCGACGAGUUUUCGCGCCUUAUCGAGAACAAAAAGAGAGAAGGCAAGAAGGAUAACCAGGCUUGCUACUAUUUUGUACCCCCUUCCACCGUCUCUCGCUUCACCCCUCACAAGCCUAAGCCGGCACCUUACGGCCACCUCCUUGUCAAGUCCGAGGAUCAGGAAGUCACGCCGACUAAAAUUUUUGGCAAACACAGCAAGGCAUCGGAAUCUUCCCUCGACGAAAUGGACCUGGACGACGAGUCUACCCUACUGGCGGCUGAGACGACCAUGGCCCCCACGACGCCGUCGCGCAAGCGCGCCCGGAGGGACUCUGCAAGCAGCGACUCGUCGCUGUCGGAGCUCUCAGCGUCUCCGUCGCUGCCCCCCGACUCACCUUCUCCCAGCUCUCCGCCCGUCCCCGCUGGAUGCCAGCAAGGGGACAGCCACAGUCGCCCUCACAGUGCCAAGACGCCUGCCACGGCCGCUGUCGCCGACACCGAGGCCACCUCGACCAGCGCACCACCACCAAUCGACCUCCAGCCAAUGAAGAGACGCGGCAGAUCCGUCGCUGCUAAGACGAGCGUGUCUGACGCAUCCAACCCAAACUCACCCACCCUCCCCCCAAACAUAUCUCAAGCUGCAGGGGCUGGCAACAUGCCUGGUCGACUUUCUUCGCCCAUCUUCCCCAACCUUUCGUCGACGGCACCACCAUCGAAGCCGGCUGGCAAGAAGAACGGCAACAAGGACAAGGCUCCCCGCGUAUUGCAGAGCGAUGAUGCAACCUCCGUACGCAGAAGAAAUGCACGCGAUAGUACCAUCAGCCAGACGCCCCAGCCCGAGAGCCACAUCCGCGGAUCGGACAUGAGAAGCAGGGCCGGUUCCGUGGCUGCCUCGUCGCCAGCAGUGAACCUGCGCAAGUCGACCCGUACGCCCGCUCCUAACCCGAGCCUCAAUCUGAUCCUGAGCACGAGGACCACGAGAUCGGCCAAGAGGACUCACGACGAGAUUGACAGCACCAGCUCUCCGACCGCGCCGUCAUUCCUCGGAGACAUCACGCCAACGGCGAGCUCCAGGGCUGCGACGCCUACAAACCUUCGUCCAACGAAGAAGCAGCGGACUGGUCUGCGCAUCAAAACUUCGCCUAUGAAGAAGAAGGGAGGAACCGCGGCUGGUGUGCCCCGAGCUAGCGGCGAGGGCGGUGCAUCCACGGUCAACGGAGGCCCAACGAACCAGGACGAGAACGACGACUAUUGCUCAGCGUGCGGUGGUGUCGGGGAUCUCGUCUGCUGCGAAAAUUGUUCCAGAUCGUUUCAUUUCGAGUGUGUUGACCUUGGCCUGGGCGACACCCUCCCCGAGGAGUGGUUUUGCAAUGUCUGUUCCAGCAACAGAUACCCGGCCAGGGUCCUCGAUCACCAGGGUGCCUUUGGCGGUUUGCUAAACAGUCUGGAGAAGACCAAUCCUCGAGCCUUCAAGCUGCCUCACCGUGUUCAGGUGUACUUUGAGGGCGUCAAGGUCGGUCCUGAGGGCGAGUAUGAGGAUAUCGUGGUGCCGACUAAGCCCAAGAAGAAAGGGUAUGAAGAAACCCCAGACUUCUUCAAGAUUCGGGAUGGAGAUGGCUCUGCUGUUCUCUGCCAUAAUUGCCAACACCCAGCAGCCGACAAUCGUGCCAUCCUUCCCUGUAGUCAAUGCAGCCUUUACUGGCAUUUGGACUGCCUUGACCCUCCCCUGGCAAUCCCGCCUGUUUUGCGGACAUGGCGUUGCCCGAUGCACGCAGACGAUCUAUUGGCUGAGUUGCCCAAAGAACUUGCACCUGCUCACCGCUUCCGGAAGAUCAAAGGAGCUCCUGCCAUCACCCCAGCCUUCAGCCGUGGCAUGAAGAACAAUGGCAUCAUUGAGAUUGAAGAUGAAGAGUCUGAGGAUGAAGCGACAGGCUGGAAUGACGUGAAGACUUUUGGCCGUGUAUACAAGUUACCUGCCAAAGGCAUAGUCCUCGACUUCAUUUCUCAGCUUCGAAAAGAUGGUGCUGGCUACAUCAAUAGUUCACCGACUUCAGUCAAUACCCAGCCACCGCCACAGCCACAGCCAGUCACUCUGUCCCUGGACACUCGUUCGCGUGUGGAGCAGCAGACAGCACUCAACUUGGUUGAAUUGGCAUCCAGCCAGCCAAAUACUAAGCUUGACGAUCUCAUGCAGGCCUUGCUGACAACUGCUGAUCCAGCUAUGCUCUCUCUUAUAGCACGCGGCAGUGCUGACAAUUUUGCCUGCGGCGAAAUUAGUGAUGCAGACAGACAAAGUCUUCAGGCAAUGCUGGCCCAGAUGGACGCAAUGUCCAACAGAAUCAGAGGCCUACUUGGAGCCAGUCAGCCGGAUGCUGGUGCACACAGCGCUAAGGGUUGCCAAAACACACUUGGCGGCGGCGAUAAUGACGGCGCCGAAAGCGCUCAGGGCGAUAUUCCCUCUAUGAAGAAUGAGUCUGUUGAGCCUCCUGCCGACUUGCCUACACCUGCAACCACCACCCAGGACAAUCCAGAGACUUUCAACAGCUUGGGUGAGAAGUCAUCUCAAGACGUGCCUAACGACACAAACGACGACGAUGUGCCCAUCAUGGAUAUUGAUUAGGCCAUUGAUGUCGAGCGACCCAGAGCAUGCCCUACAAAACAUUAAUUUAGCACCAAGAUGUGUUGAUACGCAGUUCUUGGAACGGCAUGGUGUCCCUCAUGAGCCACUGUGGGGCAUGCUAUGCUGCCUAUCGAUCAUGGAUUUUUCCUUUUUUCUAUUCGUCUUUUUCCCUUAUCGUUCAGUUGAUUCCCCAAGACACGAACCCCACCAGGAUCUGGAGUUUGGAGGAAGCACAUCAUUAGCGAUCGAACCGAAAGAACAACCGGCCAGGAGGCCGGUGGAUAGAGACACAGAUCACACAAUCAGCUAUUGAGAAGGGGGAUCCAAUUAUCUCAUGGGUCCCAAGCGCUGCGGGGGAAGGUUAGAUUUUCCCUCUCCCAACACACCCUCUAAUUGGGUCUGCAAGCAGAACGAAGACAAACAAAUGAGCGAGCGCAAGCAACACGAUGGAUGUGUGUGCUUGUUACGGCCACCUGGUUAUCUGGCCUGUAUUGGAGGAGGGCGGGGCAGGGGCGGGAAUGAGGAACAGGCAAAGGGUAUGGAGGUAGCAGCCUUUUCCUUGUCUGAUCUUGUUUCCCCCUUUUCUCACUUAUUCUGCCUCAUUUUGUAUCAUACGCUUUUCUUCUAACCUGUUCUCUUAUUUCUCUCUUUGGACCAGUGGACAGAGGAGGGAGAGCCAAGGAGGCUUCUCUCGUUUUUAGAAGGGCGGGGGCAGAGCAGCCGAAAGUGAGGCUUCCGACAGCGGGAACCGAUGGUGUAAAUUCGUCGUUGGUGGGCGAGCGA